CUUGCUCCGCUGGUUUCCUUAUCUACCAUUUUGUAUCAUCACGGUCAGACGGAGCUGACACUCAACCGAAAAUUACCGACAAGAAAUCCGCUUAGAAAUGUUUAACUUUUCGUAUAUACCGUAGGGAAAUAUCAUUAGAAGCGUUAACUAACAUAUAAGCGUGUGGAUUCAGCUUUGUUGUUCAACUUGUCUCGUUUUUGUCCGAGGGCGCUUCUGUAGAGCGCUGAAGCUAACGUUGCUAAGUAGCCCAAAAAUAGCCGUGGUGUUAGCUCGAUGCUAACUUGUGUUGAAAUGGCGGCCAACACGACACAAACAGCACCCUCAACAAACUGGUCUUAUGGUGGCAGUACUACCACCGAAGGCCCAGUUCAUGAGAAUCCAGAAUGGGAGAAAGCAAGACAAGCUUUAGCCUCCAUUAACAAAAGUCAGAGUGCGACCAAGACCACACAAGCCACUGUGACAACAGAGGCCACUCAGUUUCAGCAAGGAGCAGCUGACGCUCUUCAGCAGCAGCAGUACUAUCAGUGGUACCAGCAAAAUCAGCAGCAGUAUCCUGGAUAUACAUACCCUUACAAUUACUACUACCCUAUGGCACCAUAUGGUGGCGCAUAUCCUCCAAACCAAUACAAUGUACCCCAAGGGCAUUUUCCAGGAUCUCCAGUUACAAAUGGACAGCCUCCUCCAGUUCCUGGUAUUGAAGACCAGUCGGCCAAUUUCUCUUCUCAGCCCCAGCCUCCUCCCCCGUCCACUCCCCAACCACCCCAAAGCCCCUCUGAAAAACCCCCUCCUCCCCCACCUAUUCCUCCCCCACCUAACACCCAGUACCCACCCCCCUCCCCUAAUGCCUACAAUCCACCAAACUCGAUGUCAUAUCAACCCUCUGACUCUAACCAGAUGCAGGUAUACAAUCAUUCACAGGGAAGGCCUGGUUAUGGGCAGGGCUUUCAAGCUCAGAACAAGUAUCAGGCUUCUGGUGCUCCACAACAGCAGCUGGGUCAGUUUGGCCCUGGUGCUGGAAGAGGAGAUGCCAACAAGGCCAAAAAUCAGAAGCAAGGACAGCAACUGUGGCACCGCAUGAAACAAGCCCCAGGGACUGCUGCUCUUAAAUUCAAUUUUCCCAAAAGACCAUAUCAGGUUCCAUCCUCCUCAGCCAAUCAGGCGUUUUCCUCUGGGGACCAGGCCUCAGGAGUGAACCCGUCUCCUUCACCUGCUGCUGCCAGUGCAGCACCUGGAGCUGCCCAACCUCGACCACAGGACUGGCCCCAGGCCAUGAAGGAGUAUGUGCAGCGAUGCUUCACUGCCUGUGAGUCAGAGGAAGACAAAGAUCGAACUGAGAAAGUGUUGAAGGAGAUAUUACAGGACCGGUUAAAGGAUGGCUCUGCAUAUACCAUAGACUGGACCAGAGAGCCUUUGCCUGAGCUCAAACCCAAAUCUCGUUGGGAGACCCAACGGUCGUCAGAAAGCUCUGUUGGUCGUGGUGGAAGCACAGGAGCUGCCUCCAGAGGAAGAGGACACAGAUUAGGAAACUACAGAAACAUCUUCACUCAGAGAAGUCCUUCGUCCAGUUCUUCACAGUCCUCCUCUCGCUCACCGUCCCCCUCUCAUGGCCGUUAUCGGGAUCGCAGCAAUCAGAGGCACAGGAGAAGUGACUCUGGCUCACAAUCGGAUAGCAGCUUGUCUAGUGACCUCCGGCCACAGCUGUCAAGGCGAGGACAGAAACGUGGUCGUGGAAACAGCAGAGACCGCGGGCGGGGCCGAGGGGGCAAAGCCAACAGAGGCAGAAGAAACAUGGAAGAUAGUUCCCCUGUUCCUAAGAAAAGGAAAGGAGGAAAUGCAGGUCUUGAUUUCCAUGAUCCAAACCGUGAGGCCAAAAAGCAGAGCCGAGCGGCACGUUUCCACAAACAGCUCCGGUCUGAGCCUCUGGUGCUCGCUAUCAGCGCCCUCGAGCUGCCUGAUGGGACACAGGAGGGGCUCAACUGGGAAGACUGUCCUAUUGUGGGAACAUGUCAGGACAUCACUAAACCCUAUUUAAGACUGACCUGUGCCCCGGACCCCUCCACUGUGCGCCCCGUUCAGGUGCUAAGAAAGUCUCUUGAGGCUGUAAAAGCAAAUUGGAAAAACAACCAAGACUACGCUUAUGCGUGUGAACAAAUGAAGUCUAUUCGACAGGACCUUACAGUCCAAGGAGUUCGUACUGACUUCACAGUGGAAGUGUACGAGUGUCACGCUCGAAUUGCUCUGGAAAAAGGUGACCAUGAAGAGUUCAACCAGUGUCAGACACAGCUGAAGGCUUUGUAUAAGGAUAAUCCCUCUGAAAACAUUGGAGAGUUUACAGCAUAUAGAUUGAUAUACUAUAUAUUCACAAAAAAUUCUGGGGACCUCACGACAGAGCUGGUUUACUUGACUCCGGCGCUCAGGGCAGAUGCGUGUGUGGCACAUGCUCUGUCCCUCCGUGCCGCCUGGGCCUUAGGAAACUACCAGCGCUUCUUUAAACUUUAUCUCCAAGCUCCUCGCAUGGCUUCAUACCUCAUUGACAAGUUUGUAGAGAGGGAAAGAAAGGUCGCUCUUCGGGCCAUAGUCAAAACGUUUAGGCCUGAUUUGCCUGUGCAGUAUGUUCAGUCCACUUUAGGCUUUGAUUCUUUAGACUCCUGUAUGGAGUUCCUUACUGGGCUUGGUGUUGCCUUCGCUGCCUAUGACCCCGAAAAGAUAGACUGCAAAGCUAGCACAGCCAUUCUAGCUGCCUCGUGAGCCAGGGUGUUAGUGACCCCUAUGGACCCUUAGUAUUAUAUGCACUGCACUUCAGAUCUGUAGACCAGCUGACACCCGAGCCUGCCCCACUUGUACAUAAUGUCCUGUCCUCACAUUAGGGUUAGGGCGAGGCUGAUACAAAGUCAACACAACACAUCUAUCAUUUUUCCACAAACUACGGUUAUUGUCACUUAGGAAACCACUUCUACUCAGGUGAUAGGAGAUCCCCAGACUAUGUCAGAGAGAGCAGCUCAAGUGUCCUGAUUCAGUUAACCACCAUUAGAUGUCAAGCUAACAGUGUUCUGUUAUGUUUUUCCUUCCCCAAGUCAACAGCUUCAACAUGUGAAGAUCCAAGCCUCUAAAGGGAAUACAAUCUAAUCAAAGACUGUUAGAUAAUUGAUAUAUUUAAGCUUUAUUCACCUGAUGAAGAUCGGAUGGUUUGUAUGUUCAGGCUGAUACCAUGUCGUAAUAUUUCUACUUCGAACCAGGAAAAAUGAAAGGACUGAGCUUUAAAGAAUGGACAAAUAGUGUUGAAGAAGAUCUCUCCUCACUGAAGCAGUUUGCCUUGGAAUAACCUCUCCCUCAGGUCUGAAUGCAGCAGUCACCUUUGCAGCUGAUUAUCGGGGUGUUACUCCUCCAGCAGUGGAAAUCACGACCAAAUCGUGUUAAAGAGCUUUGCUUAAAGUGACGACGGCGAACCUAAAGACCCAGGUCGUGUUUGAAGACGGGAUCCUCACGUGGUUUGUAUGCAGCAAGCUGCUCGGUCAACUCUCUGGUAAGAUGAAGACUCCACUGCACCAGGAGGGAUGGAGCGUUUGCACUUUGACAGCUGUCAAAGGGAAAGGAUCAUAAAUCGGCUUUUAGAAAAUAAAUCAGUGAAUUGAUACAUUUUAGAUUUUGGCCAGUGCUUAUGAUCUAAAAUUUUAUUCUCAAAUCUUCAGUAUCUGAAAUUAAGAUACCAACUCAUGAUUUGUUUUUCCACAGUAAGUGAAAUUGGGCCAAGUUUGUAUAAUAUAGCCAUUUUGGAACUAUUGGGUGACAAAUCUGACCCACGAUACAAAGUAUUUUUAUUUGAUCUUCAUUCAAAUCUUUGUAAAAAGUUUUUGUAUCUUUUGCCAGAAGUAUUUAGAGUAAAGGCGAGUUUGUAAAUUGUGAUAUUCAGUUUUGUAGAUCAGGUGUUUUUGGGGUUUUGUUUCAGACCUUGGCACCUCAGUUAAAUAUGCUGUGGAAGGGUAAAUUUAAAUUACUUUUUUUUUCACUAAACUGACACAAAAUGUUAUCUUUUACAUUGGAAAAGACUACAGAACUAGUCCAUCUGUAGAUAUGAAAAUAUUGCGACACUGUCGAAACCUGUGUAACAAGACCUACUGUCAGCUGUAACAUUUGACAACUGACUGACCCUGUUUUCUCUCACUCCUGUACCCUUCCCCCUCCUCACCCUCCUCACUCUGUCACCAGAGCUCCGUCUGCUGCAGCAGCCGUGGAGCUGUGAGCGGUAAAGCCAAAGCUGCGGUCCAGACACUGCCGCAGAGAGCCAACUGUGAGCCAGUCAAGCCCAGUGCUACAGAAACUAAUACGAGGAAAGCUUUAUAAUGAAAUGUUACAUUUACUGUUGCUAAUCCUGAUUUUUAUUAUUGUGUGACACCACUUAUUAUCUUUUCUGUUUGUUCAGAUGCACUUUUGUUUGAGUCCUACACUUUUGCUUUCAAACAUUGUCUUUUUGUCAUUGUUUUAGUACGUGGACGCUAAUCUGUUUUAGUGAAAGUAACAUAUCUAAUGUUUAAGCUAGGUUUAGUCAAAAGUGUAAUUGUGGCUAAAAUAUGUAUCUGGAUAAGCAGAAAAACAUGUGAAGUUUCUAUAGUUUGACUAAGUCUGCCCCUCCACAGACCCUAAUGCUCUUGUCAUGGUUUUAACAGUUGUUGGCUUGUGGCUCUCCACCCUUACAAACGCUGUCAGAUGGCUCAUGUUUCAAAAGUUGAUUCCCAGGUUUUUUGUUACAGUUGUAAAGUAUUUUCUUGAUGCUCAAAGUGUUUUUCAGUUUUCUGUGCUUCAUCCUUCCUUUAGUUCCAUCAGUCUGUAACUCCUCCUUACGACCGCUCCCUCUCUAGUUAUAUUUAUACAUAUAUUUUGCUUUUUCUUUCCCAACUCUCCUCUUCCUCUUGCUUCCUUUGCAUGUCCUCUUUCCCUUUCCCCCUCUUUCUCAUCCCAUACUUUGUUGCCAUGUGCGGCGCAUCACUAGUUGUGUAUCGUCCUCCGCAUUUUUGCUUUGUGGUUUUUGUUGCAGCUCACUAACGCCUAAAGGUUUACCCCCUCUCCCGUUCAUUUCUUAGGCCUCCACAGAAAAACUGCCAGCUUGUAAAUAUGUAAAUAUAAAAUUUUUGAAAAUGAAUAAAAAUGCAACUAUAUAUAAGAGUA